AUGUUCAGUGAUUUUGUCAAUUCAUUGCCUCAAAUCAACAAUGAACACGAAAUCACUGAAUCACUAGUAAUACUAAAGAAAUCUAAUCGGUUUUCAUCUGUUUCACCUCAAAAUCCAAUUCAAAUUAAUGAAAUAAUUGAUGAUUUAUUAAACAAGAUGAAGAUAAUUCUAUCUGGAAACCUUGAUGAAACAGUAAUCAAAGCCAAAAAAUACUUACAAUUCAUUUUAAAUCUACCCAACGAAUUAAUAAAGUUCGAAAAUGUAAUAAUUGCGGACAAUUCAUUCUUCCUUCAACUAGACAAUAAAGUUAUAUUAAGUUCAGAUGAUGAACCUGAACAAUUAUCCGAAUUAAUCAAUCUAAUUUUACCGUUUUUCAUUCGAUGUGAUUUUAAAACACUUUUUCAAGAUGACAUAAUUCAAAAUGUUGUCGAGCAUAUUAAAAAUUCAAAUUAUUUCCCUGAUUUUACUCAAGCAAUUCAAAUUCAUACAUUAAUAUUUCAAUUAAAUGAAAAUAUCCAACAUAAAACAUUCUUUUCACCAAUUUUACGUCAUGUAAUACAGUUAAUGUGGGAAUUCAAUCAAAAAGAAUUAUCAAAAAACAUAAUUAAGCAUUUAACAAACGAACUUACACCAACAUUAUACAAUAUUAUUAAAGUAGUUUAUACAGCGAACUUUAAUCAAUCAGAAAAACUAUUUUGUUCCACUUAUAUUCCAUUAUCAUUUCUGAUGAUUGCUGCUUCAUAUCCACACUCAUUAGCCAUGAUAGAUUGGAAGAAAUGUGUUAAAUUCUUUUACAAUUUAACAAGCAAAGCAGAAAAAAAUUUUCCAGAUUAUGAAUUUUGUCUUUCUCAUCCAGAUUCAGUUCCAACACAAGCAAUAUGCGAAAAUAUCUACGUACUGAUGAUUUCUGAGUCACUUUUAGUACAUUUACAAAAUAAUACAGAUUCUGAAUUUUCUUUACGUUUUCUUCACAUUGUAGCAACGACAAAUAUUAUUGGACAACAAGCCGUUGUCAAUUCCUUAUAUAUUAUGUUCAAAUACAGCAUUUUUGAAAAUACAAAAACAGAAUUUUUGAAAUUACUCAAAAAACGAAACAGUUCAGCCCUACAACUUACAGAAGAUAUCUUAAUAAACAAUACUAAUGAGAAAACACUAUAUUUGAUGCAGAAUUUCAGCAUUCCAAAAAAUAUUAUUUCAAUUUACAACAAAAAAGUGAAUAAUCUUGAGAAAACCGAUGAUUUUUCACUCAGAGAUGUCGUCUGUAUAUCAGAUAUCCUGUUAUAUACCAUGUCCACCUCUGAAUCUCUUUCGAUUUUACGAGGAAGUUUCCUAAAUCGAGCGAAACAAGUCAUUCAUAGGAUAAUUGAUAGUAACAUCUGUAUUAUUGAUCUUAGAUACGCAGAACUCUUCGCACAUGCCUCAGCAAGUCUGAUGAAACUGGCUGAAAAAUGCAAAAUUUUUGAUUUUGUAAAUGGCGGAUUUUUCGAUGUCAAAUUUGUUUUAUCCAUGUUUAGUACGAUUGUUUCCAGUUGUCGACCGAUUCUUCCACGCGACAGGAAAGACAUAGACACAUAUACAGCGAAAAUGAUCACAGAAAUCGAAAGAUUUUCUUCAUCAAUUUUGGAAAAUUCCGAAAUUUUCUUCAAAAUUUCUUUCGCCAUCAUUUAUGAGAAUUGUCCUUCUCUUUCCUUCCCAACUCUUGUGUUGUUCUACUACUCACUAAAGGCGGAUCCUUCCCUCCCUUACCCUCAUUUCGACAACAUAAAAGCAUUCGCAAAAAUUCCUUCUUCUCCUUGGGAAUGGUCACUUCACUUUGUAAAAUCUGACGACAUAAUAUGUCAUUACACGGCCAUUGAGUGUCUUUGCACGAUCAUUUCGAAGCAAUCUGAUGAACUGAAUGCAAAUGUUUUCGAUUCAAUCAUCAACGGAAUGAAGAAGAAAAAUUCCGCGAAAAUUUUAAAUUGUUUGCUGAUUAUUUUAUCGGAAACAAACGGAACAGUUAAGUCAAAACUGUUCAGUUGCCAUAGAGAUGACGCUGUUGUUAUGGCUUUGCUCUCUAAUUACUUCACAACGAGUGUAACUUGUGAAUAUGAGACACAAAAGAUGGCUUGUGACAUUAUCUAUGUUCUUUCUUCAAAUUUGUUCUCAGGAAAAUACGGAAACUGUGAUUUGGAUGAUAAUUUGAUAUCAAAUGUCACUGAUAGAUUUUGUGAAUUAUUAAAUUAUCAUCAGAGCUCAGGAAACCAACAUAUCUUACUUAACAUCAUUACUUUGUUGUCUGGGCUCUGUGAAAACAAACAGUUUCUCUACAAAAUCUUUAGAAAUCAGAUUUCAUUAAAUUUCGAUUCGGCCAUUUACUCAAAUAUCAGAGAUAAGUGCGUAGAUUAUGCGCUAAGAACAAUUAUUGCUGUAAAUAUGCAUAAUCACAAGUACGCACAGAUUUUGUUCUCAAUGAUUCAAAAAUAUGAUUUAGAGAAGUUCGAAAAGGGAAAAUACGUAAUAAACUUGAUUCACAAUCAGACAAAUGAUGCUCAAGUACCAAAAACACCUGAUAAUUACACAAUUUGCCACUAUGAAAGAAUAUUUGACUCAAAAUGUUCACAACUUCCUUAUUAUUCAAGGGAAGCUGGAUUAUUCCCAUCCAUUUCUCCAAAAAUCAUGGCCAAACCAAAUAUAAUCGUUCCACAAGAAGAUUAA